AACGGGGGCCUUCCUCACCGUCUCAGACGUUGACCUCCACGUUCACGACCUCCCGCAGUCGGUGCCCACUCCUUUCAUCGUGCAGGCAGCAUCGUAGCGGCUGGAAGUCAUAGAAGUCAUGUCAUCAUCGAGCAGUACAUCCGUUGAUAUCCCCUCAACUGCCGCAGAUGGUGCUCUCACUAUCACCCAACCGCCUCAGACAGCGACCUCGUACUUCAAAAUCGCCGAGUCGAACACCAUCACAUUCGCUUGGAACUUCACCAAUCUUUACGUGACGCCGACAUACCUCACCGUCUCUGCCGUCUGCGACAACGGUAACACAUACCCUGUCGGCCCAACAAAUGGAAUCAUCAACGGCACAGCGACUUCCGUAACCUGGGAUCUGUGGUCGUACCAGCAGGCGAACCCGAGUACGCCGCUCGCCGUCGCGACAUAUACCCUGUCGAUUUGGGGUGAUUCAGGUCCGAGUGUGGCAGCCUCGCCAGGAUACCUUGCGCCGAACAGCGACCUGCAGUUUGCGAUGUACUCGCCACAGCCAUAUACCCCGUUGUCCGAAUGGUCAUGCUCGGGGUGCAACGUGAACGGCGCAUGGUCGACAUAUGCCGCGCAUCCCGCGUUUGUCAGUCUCGUCGCCACCAUAGCGGUGAUGUUCUUAUCUGGAUAUGCACUCCUGCGGCAGGCUCUGCAUUAGUAUUUCAGUACAUUGGACAGGACAUAGACGUUCGUUUACGAUGAGGUCGUCGCACGAUUAUACGUAAAUCUUCACUUUCGUUGGACUUAGGGCAUGGUGAAGUUACGUUACGCUAUGAUACUGCUUGUAUUUCUUUGUUCUCACGGACCUCUCAUCGUACAUCGCAUACUCAUCGUACUAUUUGGUAAUGACUUGGAAGUUUGGUAGUUGUAUCACGGAGGCUGUCUGGACAGAUUGUCUUAUGCAUUGGACUAGAGCUAUACUAUGCCCGCUUCACCGUGAUCUUGCCGUGGACAGCGGACAGUAAGCUACCUACCGAACGUCGCAAUAAGUUAGACUCGGA